CACGUGGAGACAUCAUGGAUGCGUUUGAGUUUGCCGGAGACUAUUAUACUUUGUCAUGGUGUCUUUAGCUAGAUAGUGAACAACUCUCGAUAUUUGUAUUUGCGCCAUAUCUCUGCGGUAAAACGGGAAAUGAGGCCCCGAGAGUAGGCGACAUAUCGGAACUCACCUGAGAGCUCACGUAGGCUCUGCGCGUGUGCGCGUGAGUCCCUGCUCACAGUCUGCAUCAUGUUCGUGUUGGUGGAGAUGAUCGAUACCGUCAGGAUCCCUCCAUGGAACUUCCAGAGGCAACUCAACGAGGCCGUGGCCGAGGAGCUGAACAAGAAGCUGGCCAACAAGGUGGUCUACAACGUGGGUUUGUGCAUCUGCUUGUUCGACGUCACCAAACUGGAGGAUUCCUACAUAUUCCCCGGGGACGGAGCCUCGCACACUAAAGUUCAUUUCCGGUACGUUGUCUUUCACCCUUUCCUCGAUGAGAUCCUGCUCGGCAAGAUCAAGUACUGCAGCCAAGAGGGAGUUCACGUGACCAUGGGCUUCUUCGAUGACAUUCUCAUCCCACCAGAGUCUCUUCAGCAGCCAGCAAAAUUUGACGAAGCGGAGCAAGUCUGGCUCUGGGAAUACGAGACGGACGAGGGGGCCCACGACCUCUACAUGGACCAAGGGGAGGAGAUUCGUUUCCGGGUGACGGACGAAGUCUUUUUGGACACCUCGCCGACGGGGCCGGCGGCCGCGGUGCCGGACACGCCGGUGCAACAGCCGGGGCAGUCGGAGGCUCCGCCGGCGGAGGCCAUCGAGGAGACGAAAGAGCCGCCGUACACGCUGAUCGGCACCAUCUGCGACCCGGGCCUGGGGCUGCUGUCAUGGUGGAACAAUUAGCGCCGCAGCAGGAGGAACGAGGACGUUUUGGCGGUUUACGACCGGCGGCGCGAGGGGCGGCCGGAGACGCCGAGGCCCACGAGUUUGGAUACAGAAGUGAAAAGGAGGGAGGCGGAGCGCUCUGAACCGAGAUGCCGUUGGCGUGAAGUGACUCGUUGAGACUGAGAGGCUCCGUGCCCACGUGACCACGCUUUGCAAAAGAGAAUCACUUGAUUGACAUUUGCGUUCGUUCAGGUGUAUUUCACAUGAAAAUUAACCCCCCAAUUCGAAGGAACACAUUUAAGAUGCCACUGAUUAUUUGAGUCAUAGUGAUAGUCAGACAGACACACACACACACACACACAUACACACGUUACAGAGUCUGACUUAAUGGGUCAAAGUCAGUGCUGAACAGCAGGAUGAAUACAUGUGCAGCCUCACGAUACUUCAAAGGACUCUAGUGGUUAAAGAUGAGAGAAAUGAGGACGAGUGAUAAUUUUGUUCAUAAAUUAGAUCCAUGGGACAAUUUAUACCACAUUCGUAUCAUCAAGAUCAAACAACAUUUAUAACAUUAAAAUAAAAUGCCACGUUUAAAAUAUUAACUUAUUUCAAAUGUUUCCUCAAACAUGUUUUUUUGUGCUCGCUUCCUCAGUUUAUGGAACAUUCUUGUGCUUUGUUGCCAUUGUUUCUCUCAGUAAAAGGGCGUCAUCGUCA